AUGCGCACCAUAUGCUCCCUCAUGACGGGGGUGAUUACAUAUUUUUAUGUCAACAAAUUUUUCAAAGAAAUUGAGAACAUAAUCUCCUCCUUGAAAGGCACUUCUGCAAGUAAACCAGAAAAGCUUGCAGUGAUCCGCAAGACCGAACAGGUUGCCGAGCACAAUAGCAUAGCUAUAAACAUCAUCAACCAUGUUGGAGUGGCGCCCGCCUCCCCCUCCCCGCCCGCACCCGCCCCCCGCUCCCCGUCCGGCUCGCUCCUGCCGACGAGCGCCGCGGCCGUCGUGCCGGCCGCGCGCGGCGCUGGGUCCCCCGGCCUCGAGAUAUCCGCUCCGCAGCGAGGCCGGACCACCUUCUGCCCUAGGGCGGUCUGGACAUCGGCCGCGGCUGAUGACAUGGUGGGCGCGCUCAUCGGCGCCAACCUGUCCGUCUUCAUGCUCUGGCGCGUGCUCGCGUAUCCCAGGUUCAUCACCGAUCCUCACAUGGUUUGGGUGGACAUGUACUUGGGCGGGCGGCUGCACACGCUGCUCAUGAGCGCCUCCAGCAAUGUGGAUCCCAUGUUCAUGAGGAAACAUUUCAUGAUCUCGCUGGACAAUUUCACGAGUGGGCGUUUGCACACGAUGCUCACAAGUGCUUUCAGCCACAUGAACCUUAAGCACCUCUGCAACAACAUGGUCGGCCUCUACUUCUUCGGCUCAAGCAUUGCCCGCACGUUUGGCCCUGGUUUUCUUUUCCAACUGUACGUUACUGGAGCACUUACUGGGUCGGUAUUCUACCUGGCAGAAAAGAUUUUUCUAGCUCCACGAAAAGAGGUUUUUGGAGGAUGGAAAACUCCCUGUCUUGGUGCAAGUGCUGCAGUUAAUGCAAUUAUUCUUCUUGAGAUAUUUUUGCAUCCGACGAAGCUACUAUACUUACACCUUUUCAUUCCCGUUCCAGCUGCAUUAGUGGGAGUUGGUUUGAUUGGUGCUGAUUUGUGGAGGGUCAAGAAGGGCGGGAGUCGCGUGUCAGGCUCUUCUCAUCUAGGGGGUGCCCUAGUGGCGGCGGUUGCCUUUGCGGAAAUCAAGGGCUGGAUCUGAUCAUUAUGCAGUUUACUCAUACUCACAUGCAGCAAAUCCAAGGGCCUGCCUGCUUCCACCCUGGUGGUCACUUCUUGUGUUGAAAUUUGUCGUUAUACGGUCCGAGGGCCGACUCGUGGACCAUGCUGCUUAUUAUCCAAGUUUCUGAUGUAGAAAUCUUUAAACAAAGUCUAGAUAACAUCAUGGUGGCAGCGGUUAGUAGGCCGGUUGCGAUGGUGAUGCGCUGAUCUUUUGUAUGCA